GUAAAAUCCCAAGUCCCGCUCUUUUCCUUCUCUAUCUUCAUCACCAACUUGUGUAAAUCUAUCUUCAAAGGAGAUUCAUAAAGUUAAGAAAAAAAAAUGCAGGAGCAAACGACAAGCUCUUUACCAUCAAGCAGCGAGAGAUCCUCAAGCUCUGCUCCUCAUUUAGAGAUCAAAGAAGGAGUUGAAAGUGAUGAGGAGAUACGGAGAGUUCCAGAGUUUGGAGGAGAAGGUGCCGGAAAAGAGAUCUCUGGAUCGGUGACCGGUCAGGACCAGACACAGAUAACGGUCGGAGGAGAGGGUCAAAGAAAGCGAGGGAGGACUCCGGCUGAGAAAGAGACCAAGCGGCUUAAGAGGUUGUUGAGGAACAGAGUUUCAGCACAACAAGCAAGAGAAAGGAAGAAGGCUUACUUGGGUGAGUUGGAAAACAGAGUGAAAGACUUGGAGAAUAGAAACUCUGAACUUGAAGAGAGACUCUCUACUUUGCAGAACGAGAACCAGAUGCUUCGACAAAUCCUGAAGAACACAACAGGAAACAAAAGAGGAGGCGGUGGUUCUAAUGCUGAUGCAAGCCUUUAACCCUCCUUUGCUAUUUAUGUUGAUAAACUUUACAAAGAACCUGUACUAAUAAAUAUUUACAUUGCAUGGUAUGUGACUUGUGAGUUCUCUUGUAGUAGUAGUAUUCCUUUUUCUUUCUUUUUUUUUAUCAAAGUUCUUGUAGUAGUCUAUAGAUUUUCAUUUUCUUACUUUGCUUUUCUUUUGUUUGCCUGAUAAAGUUGCUUAAUUAAAAAGUUAAUUUGUUGAAUGAUAUACAAGGUCGCUUAUUCAUAUAAUAAUAAAAAUUGAGCUGAG